CUGUGGGAAGGCAGACGUGCAGCUGGGAGGGGCUGGGAGAGGGAGGCAGACACCGCGGGGAAGGCUGGGCGCACCGCGUCCAUCAUGUCGCUGGUGGAGACCAUCCGGCUGUGGCAGGAGGGGGUGUGUGCUGCGGAUGGCAAGGAGUGGCAGGCAGCCCUGAAGGCCUUCACCGCCGUCCAGAACCCACCGGCCAAAAUCUGCUUCAACAUCGGCUGCACCCACCUGGUCCUGGGGCAGCUGGCCGAGGCAGAGGAGGCGCUCACCCAGAGCAUCAGCUGUGACAAGCACCUGGCCGUGGCCUACUUCCAGCGGGGAAACGUCUUCUACAAGAGACACAACUAUGAAAUGGCCAUGAAGGAUUUCAAGGAGGCUCUGGCCCAGCUGCGAGGCAACCAGCUCAUCGACUACAAGAUCCUGGGGCUGCGCUACAGGCUCUUCGCUUGCGAGAUCCUUUACAACAUUGCACUGGUGUAUGCCACCACAGAGGACUGGAAGAAAGCUGAGGAGCACCUGACACUGGCACUGAGCUCAAAGAGUGAGCCCCAGCACAACAAGAUUGACAGGGCAAUGGAAGCCAUCUUGAAGCAGAAGCUCUAUGAGCCAGUGGCAAUUCCCACAGGGAAGCUGUUUCGACCAAACGAAAAGCAAGUUGCUCAGCUGGAGAAGAAGGACUACCUGGGAAAAGCCAUGGUGGUGGCAUCCGUGGUGGACAAGGACAGUUUUUCAGGAUUUGCUCCCCUCCAACCGCAGGCUUCUGGGCCUCCACCCAGGCCCAAGACACUGGAAAUCCUCAGGGCUCUUGAAGGGCAGCCGCACCGCGUCCUGUAUGAGUUCAUACCUGAAACUGCUGAGGAGCUGCAGGUCCUGCCUGGAAACAUCGUCUUUGUUCUGAAGAAAGAGAAGGACAACUGGGCUACGGUGAUGUUUAACGGGAAGAAAGGGAUUGUCCCCUGCAACUUCCUUGAGCCCAUGGAGCUCCAGCACAAGCUGCACGUCCAGGACGAAGCCCCACCUGAGCUUGACAUCCCUGAGCCACCCAGCAGCACUGCUCCAAGGCCCCGGCGGCCAGCACCAGACUUCGUUCCUGUUGCAUCAACGCAGCAGAGAGAAGCCAGUAAGGAAACUGAACCGGCCGUCCCCAAGCCCUACGUUCUCAAGGUGCAUUACAAAUACACAGUUGCCACGCAAGUCAAGCCAGACCUGUCCUACAAGGAGCUCCUGGACCUGGUUUGCGACAAGCUGGAGCUGCAGCCUGAGCACACAAUGCUGAGGUACAAGCCUGCAGUUAGCAGAGAGCUGGUGACUCUGAGCACGCAGAACCUAGAGGCAGCAUGGAACCACAGCAAGGAUCGGUGCCUGACGGUGUGGUGUGACUGCACAGAGGGAGAGGGAUUUUUACUUGACAGCAAACCAGAGGAGUCGCAGAAGGCAACAGCAGAGACGGGACCAACCCAAGUGGUAGCACAGUACAGUUACGAGGCCACCCAGCCCGAAGACCUGGAGUUUCAGGCUGGAGAUGUGAUACUUGUUUUAUCCAAAGUGAAUGAAGACUGGUUGGAAGGGCAAUGCAAUGGCAAGACAGGCAUCUUCCCCUCUGCUUUUGUUUGUGAUGGUAACACUAAAGACCCAGAGAUCUGAUUUCAGAAGUGUAAGGAGACAUGGACACUGAAAGAAAUUAAGAAUUCAAAUGUUGCAACUAAGAAGUUCCCACAUUAAUCACUGCAUCUGAAAACAGACCUAGAAUAUUAUUGCUACAUGUAUUAAAAUCUUCAUUUUUGUGUGUGUGUUACCUUUUGUGUUGCUAUGUAUAAAACACAUUAAAAAAAAAGUCACUAGCAAUCUCCCUGCUAGGAGUACAGUCAGUCCCAAGGACUGUGCUUACCAUCAGGCUUGGUAGCAGCAGCUCUACCCCACUCACCUGCCCUGGGCAGAGCUUCCACAAGGUAAAUCAGCCACUUGCCCAAGGAGGCUGUGGAUGCCCCAUCCCUGCAGGCAUUCAAGGCCAGGCUGGAUGUGGCUCUGGGCAGCCUGGUCUGCUGGUUGGAGACCCUGCACAUAGCAGGGGGUUGGAACUGGAUGAGCAUUGUGGUCCUUUUCAACUCAGGCCAUGCUGUGGUUCUGUGAAAAUCAAUGGAAAAGCAGGGAAAAAACAGACUGGGGAACUCGGGAAACUUUGGACCAGGAACUUGCAAAGAGAAUCUACUUCCUUAAAACAUCACUGCUAGCCUCAAGAGCCGAAAUAAGAAACACCAUGCAGCCUCGCCCUGCACCAAUCAACACUUAUCCUAUACAACCCCAUUACCUAAAUCUCAUAUUUAUUUUAAAAGGAACUUACUCUGGAUUUAAAAAAAAAAAAAAAAACCAACCUCAUGACCUCUCAAAACUGGAGCAGUGCAGGUGCCAUCCUGAUUUACAGCAGGGCCACAGCAGGAGGCUGUGUGUCCUUCAGCUCCUGCUGCCUGUGCUCUAAUCAGAUUUAAGCUCUGGAAGCUGCUACCAUCCCAGCCUUUUGGUUCCAUACAUAAAACACAUUGUACAGCACAGCACAAAACCACGAUCCAAUUAUUUGCACUGAGCCCAAGCCAGAAUCUCUGCAAUUUAUUUAAUUUUCUUUCAAACUGGAAAAAAAA